UACCUGAAUUUAUUUCCAGCUAUGAGGAAAAAAAAUCCUGCAUGUUGCUGUUUUCAAGCAGAUGGAGACAUUUUUAUAAUGCAUUUUUAAAGACAAGUUUUUUUUUUUACAAUUUAAAGACAAGAAAAGUUUUUAUUUAAGUUCCAGAGGAGAAAAAUUAAUAUCAAUCACUAUAUUUGACGUAUAACCAAAUCCAAAUAUAAACAAUCAAUAAACAAGUUAAUAUAUUAAAGAAGACAGAGUUUUUCUAGGUGAAAUCAAAAUCCAACAUUCACAAAUCACAUUAGAGUUAGGUCAGCUGAAACUGAGCAAUAGCUCCCUCUGGUGGUCAAAGGAUGUAAAUGUCUGAUCAAAACGAGCAUUUUUUUGGGAAAAAAAAUGCUGCUAUUAUCACAUGAUUUACUUAGCAAACAAUUUAGAAAAAAAUUAAAAUAAUUAAAAUAUUUUUAUUUAUAUAUUAUUUAAAAAAAACAGCUAAAGUUGUUUUUUUCUUAAGCGGUAUAACUGCCUGAACUACAUUUUUUAAAAUAUUAUUAUUGACAUAAUCGAUUUUAACUGUCCAAUUUAUGUCAAAUACUAUAAAUAUGUAUAUAUGCAUAUAUAUUUAUUUAGAUAUAGAUGGAGUGAAAAAUUCCUUUAGUUUGAGCAAAUAUAAGAAUCACCAGAAAAAACCUUCUGGACAAACAGGAAGGCCUCUCGGAAGGUCGGCUCGGUCACGGCUCCUCCACCUGGCUGCCCUCUGAUUGUAGCUGGACGUUUAUCCAGGUAAUCGCCGCCUUAAGCCUCUCUGCAGAGGUCGGGAGGUGCAGACAGGAAGCCACAAAGCCUCUCACAGCAGAAGUCACAGUCGCACUCAGGACUUCUGAUCGAGGCGUGAAAGAGAAACUAAAGUGUGAGUUCAUCCGGAGAAUGUCCAAAGCUGCUGAGAGAACGUCCUCCACAACGUCUGUGGAGUCAACGAACAGUAAUGCCACAAACUCCUCGUCCGGUUCGGUGUCUGAGACUCCCAAAAAAUCCUCCAAGAAGACGAAGAAAAGCGCCGACAGCAUGACCAAAGUCUACAACUCCGUCCUGAAGACCGUGUUCGGGGCUGAUCGUGAACUGGCCCAGGCUGAGAUCGAUGAACUUCAUGAGGCCUUCAAGGAGUUUGACUACGACCAGGACGGAUACCUGAACUACAAGGAUGUGGCUGAAUGCAUGAGGACCAUGGGAUACAUGCCCACGGAAAUGGAGCUGCUGGAAAUCGUCCAACAGAUAAAGAUGAGAAUGGGAGGUUUGAUGGACUUCGAUGACUUCAUUGAGCUGAUGGGUCCCAGGAUGAUGGGAGAAACCACAGACAUGCUGGGACUGAAGGAGGUGCAGUCGGCCUUCUCACAGUUUGACCAGGACGGAGAUGGAAAGAUCAACCAAGACGAGAUGAAGGAAGCUCUGAAGUCUCUGCUGGGGGAGAAGCUGAAGAAGGGCGAGCAGGAGGAGAUCCUGAAGGAGCUGGACGUCAACGCCGACGGGAACAUCGACUUUGAGGGUGAGACUUUAGAAUAUUUGAAUAUUCUUUUGUUAAACUCAGCGGUUUUUCUCGUUCUCUUCUGCUUUUCCAGAGUUUGUUAUGAUGCUUUCGAUUCAGUGAUCGCUGCAGACGACACCAUCAGUGGAUGACUGACUGGAUAUCACUUUUGUUUGUUUUGUUUUAAACUUUGAUGGUUUUAUCGUCUCAAAACGAGUAAAACUGCUGUCUUGUUUGGAGAACUGAAUGAACUCUACGGUGGCCCUGAAGUACAAUUCACAUCAAGUCACAAUAAAUAAAUAAAAAAA